UAUUCGAUACACGAAUGUGUCUCUAGUAUCUCGCAGUCCGGGUUCUUUCUUUAUAGCGACGAAAUGGGUAUUUCUCGGGAUCAUUGGCAUAAAAGGCGAGCUACUGGUGGGAAAAGAAAACCUAUUCGUAAGAAGAGGAAGUUUGAAUUAGGACGUCCAGCUGCAAAUACCAAGCUUGGACCACAGCGGAUUCAUACUGUCCGUACCCGAGGAGGUAAUAAGAAGUACCGAGCUCUUAGAUUGGAUACAGGAAAUUUUUCAUGGGGCUCCGAGUGUAGUACCAGAAAAACUCGUAUCAUCGAUGUUGUUUACAAUGCCUCAAACAAUGAAUUAGUGAGAACUAAAACUUUGGUGAAAAAUGCCAUUGUUACUAUUGAUGCUACACCAUUCAGACAAUGGUACGAGGGUCAUUAUGUUCUCCCACUGGGCCGUAAAAGAGGCGCUAAACUGACUGAAGCUGAGGAAGAAGUAUUGAAUAAAAAGCGUUCCAAAAAGGCAGAAUCUAAAUACAAAGCCAGACAGCGGUUUGCUAAAGUUGAACCUGCUUUGGAAGAACAAUUUGCAACAGGACGUGUUCUUGCUUGUAUAGCGAGCAGACCUGGUCAGUGUGGUCGAUCUGAUGGCUACAUCUUGGAAGGCAAAGAACUUGAAUUUUACAUGCGAAAGAUUAAAAGCAAGAAAGCCAAAUAAGUAUCUAAUGAUGGUCCAUUGAUAAUAAAAACAUCUUGAAAUACAAACUCC